ACAGCUGAAAACCAGGUCAGAUAGGGGAAAUUGCAAGAGUAUACUGUCUUUUGAAGCACCAGUGAGGGAAGUAGUAGGGUGUUGACAGGGGAAUGAACCUCGCUCCUACUGAAAAUUGCAUUUCUGCUCCAUCUGACAUGGAAAAACCCCUGUUCCCCAGAGAGUCUGGAAAGUUCAUAGCAGAGAGUAGCAGAGAUGUGUUUGUUGAGGAAGCAGGAGUGCAGAAAGUGGCAGAGAUGCUCUACAGUCUCCGGCAUAGCGAUGCUUUGACAGCCAGUGGUUGGAAGAAUGCAAAUCCAUUGGCCCCAGCACCCACCUCAGACCAGGCACUGAACUGGGUGUUUGUGGUAGACACCAUGAACUUCUCUUUUUGGCCAGAGAAAGAAACUCAGCAGUGUGAAGUGACCUUUAAAGGCACAACUUACAGAGGCUACAUGACCCUGUGUGCUUCCAUUACCAGGGCCAUGGAAGAAGGUAUACCAAUUACUGACCCCAAGUACUUCUCUCAGAUGAGUGUGGAAGAGUUGGGACAUGUCCUUCGAUCAGACAAUGAAACACCUAUGCCGAUGCUUCAGGAGCGCCAUAAGGUGCUGACUGAAGGUGGUCGUGUGCUUCUGGAACAUGGUGGAAGUUUCUGGAGUUUCAUCAGCCAAGCUGGAAACGAUGCCCAAAAGAUGGUUGAGCUCAUUGUGGAGAAGAUUCCGUCCUACAGGGAUGAAGCUGUGUAUGAGGGCAAAAGAAUUUCAUUCUACAAGCGAGCCCAGAUCCUGGUGGCAGAUUUCUGGGGUAUCAUGGAGGCCAGAGGACAGGGAGACAUCACCAGCAUGGACUGGCUCACCAUGUUUGCAGACUACAGGGUUCCUCAGGCUCUUGUCUACUUGGGAGUACUGCGAUACUCGGAUGCACUGAUGCAAGCAUUGAAGAACGGUGAGCUGUUGUGUUCAGGCAAUCGGAGGGAGGUUGAGAUCCGAGGGUGUUCAAUUUGGUCUGUGGAGCUGAUCAAAGAGCGUCUUUGCAAACUGGUACAGGAGAGAGAGCAACAAGCCUGUAACAUCACCUCUGCAAUCAUUGACUUCUACCUGUGGCCUUAUGCCAAGCAGCACCACAAAGAGAUGGCCCACAUUCCCAUACACCACACACGCUGCAUUUACUACUGAUGAGCUGGCUGGCAAUCACACAUACUGUAGGCUGCACAUCACAGUUUGUAGCCUUGGCACUAGGGUUUUUCCCUGGGAGGAAGCCAAGCAUGUCUGUGCCAAAUAAAUUGUAUGUUCAAGCAGACUUCUCUGGUUGUAAUGGAAACAGGUGUGAGGGUAUAGUAUUGCUAUGGAUGUACAAUCAAUUCAAAUAUUUACUGUUUAUGAUAUGUAACAUUUUGCGAUAACCAUCUGUAAAACCAUCUGUAAAAGAGCCAGAGAUGAGUUUAUGCUAUACAGUGUAUGUUAUGUGAAAAUAAAUAUGAACCCUCCACCAGGCAAUUGAGUUAUGAACUGACAUUCAUUAAAAGCAGCAAAAACAA